UAUCCCUAUUCAUAGUUAGAAUGCUUAUAUAAUUAGAGUAACCUUUGGAUUUCAACUUCCAUAAGUACGGUACCGAAAAACCAUUUUUCCGCUGCCAUUUUGUUUGAGAAACAAUACAAAGGGUCUAUACAAACCUGAAUAAUUAAAUAAAAUAAACUACCUCUCUAAGUCUCUGUCCUCUGUCUUCAGAGUAAGUGGGUUCUGUAAGUUCAAGAAGCCAAUUUUUGACUGUGCUUACUAGGGCUUAUUUAAAACAAAUAAUAACAAAUAGCAGAAUCCGUAAACUUGAUAUGGAAACUAAUAAUCUAUAUCUAAUUAUAAAUAAUAAUCUAAAUAUAAACUACGUAAAAAAAAAAAAAACUAAAAAAAACAUAGGCUUUUGUCAUAUAUAAUUUUGGUAAUAGCAAUCUUAAGUAGAAAAUGGAUCUGACUGAAUCUUAAGACCGAUCUGAAAAGCAUUUAGUCAAACUUUGUAUGAUGAAACAUCCAAAUUAAAAGAAAAGUUAAAUGAUUAUAAAUUGUGCGUUGUCAAGGAAAUAGAUUUCCUUCCUAGACAGUCCAAUAUCGGGAAAGUUUAUGACUUUUUAUUUAUCUAUCUGUUUUUAUCCAAUAUUGGGUACUUUAGCACACAAUCGGUUAAGACUUCGGCAAACCUAUGUAAAAUCAUAUGUAAAAAAAAAUAGCAAUUUUUGAUGAAUGUUUCCAUGGUUAUUUACCAAUUAUUAAACUUGCAUUUUGUCGGUUUGAUACAACAAUUGCAAACUAUUAUUGCAAAUAAGUUAUUUACUUAAUUUAAAGUAAUUGUUUUGUUGACUACUUAAAUCUAUUUAAUCCUACUGGAUCAUAUCUCAAAUUUAUUAAAGAUUUGCAUCUAAACUGUAAGUACACUUUUUCUACUCCCAAUUAUACUAUAGAUAAGUAUCUCAAAGUUUUUUUAACAUUUUUUUUUUUAGUUUUACUAUUAUUGCAUUUAAAUAAGACCUUCCCAGACUAAGCAAAAUGUUUUCAUCGAACGGGAUCAAAACAGCACUACGUAUUGCAGCGGUCUCCCUGGGUGCCGCAUAUACCGCAUAUCAGUGCUUUAAAUAUAUGAAAUAUGUACACUAUGACCUUCCUGCUUUCAAAGAGAGGCGACAAUUGGAAAGGAAAAGGGAUGAGGAACUAAGACGUCCACCUCGCUUCAGGGAUGAAUUUUUAUUAGCAUCUAUUUCUGAUGAUGAAUUUGAACGACCACGACCUUCUACAAGUUCUGAUGUUGAGCGACCCAGGCCCAUGUCAUUCCCCGAGCACGAUAUCCUAGAAGGCAUUUAUGACCGUCCAAACCGUAACAAAUUAGCCCCACCGAGAAUAGUUCCUGGUCAAUCCAUUGCAGAAAACAGAGACGAAACCGAAAGUGAUUCUGAAUCUGAGGAGAGACGACACGAUUGACUCCCUCUUCCGUCGUCGAGAAAGCAGGAGGGUAGCGUGGUCGUUGUGAGGGAGGCAUACAAAAGAUAUACACCUAAAUCUAUCAUCCUAAAUGGACUUUCAAUGACAGUGAAUGAGGGUUCAAUCUAUGGGCUUUUGGGACCGAGUGGAUGCGGAAAGACCACGCUCCUCAGUUGUAUCAUGGGUAUGCGCCAACUGGAUUCCGGUACGAUAACCCUCUCUUUAAAGCACAAAGUCCAAGUCGGUUUUAUGCCUCAGGAUAUUUCCCUGAACACAGAAUUCACUAUUGAUGAAGUUUUUCAUUUCUACGGACGGAUCUACGAGAUGAGCAUUCAGCGCAUUGAACAGAGAGGCGCGGAGCUAGCCAAGUUCCUCGAGCUGCCACAGACUGACAGGAUGAUCGGCAAUUGCAGUGGUGGACAGCAAAGGAGGGUUUCAAUGGCAGUCACUCUUCUCCACGAUCCUCAGCUGCUCAUACUCGACGAGCCAACCGUUGGAGUAGAUCCCCUUCUUUCCAACAGCAUUUGGGAACACUUUAUCAAUUUGGUGAAUGAGCAAGGGAAAACCAUCAUCAUAACGACCCACUACAUUGAAGAGGCCAGAUGUGCCAAUACGAUUGCUCUUAUGAGAGGUGGAGUCUUACUUGCCGAAGAACCCCCAGAGGUGCUGAUGGAAAGAUACCACUGUGAUUCUCUCGAGAGUGUGUUUUUAAAAUUAAGCGAAAAACAAGAAGAUACUUUUAAGGACAUAAAACCGUACCCCAGCAUUGAACCAAAUUACCCACCCCUGCAGCAAAGUCAGAUGUUCAACACAGAGCGUUUUAAAGCGCAGUUUAUCAAAAAUUUUAACUGGACUAAAAGAAAUCUACCAGUGACGAUUUUUGUCAUAUGCCUCCCGGCGCUCUUGUUUACAAUUAUAUCCCAAUUGAGUGUCAAAGAUGGUGGCGAUUACCCGAUCAGGAUUAAACCCUUCGCCGUGAUCAAUGAUGAGACCGACUGCUUCAAUUACACCACGACGAAACUGGCCAAAUAUUGCACCCCGACGAGACCUCUUUCAUGUCGAUAUCUAGAUAACUUGAGACAACUGUUUGAACUGGAGAAAUAUGAAAGUGUGGAAGACGGAAUUGAAGCGGUACGUCGAAACCAUGCGAUGGGUGUGCUGCAGUUCGAAAAGAACUUUUCAAUCUACCUCAUGGAAAGGAUAAUCGAACAGUCAGACAGCUCGGCGAAGGCCCUUGACGGCAGUUGCGUUCAGGCCUGGCUGGACAUGACAGAAUUCGGCCAUACAGUCCGAACCGUGAGGGAGUUGAGUGAUCGAAUUUUAGAGCUCGUUCGGGAUGUAUGCAUCGAAUGCGGUUUCAACCCGAAAAUAGCAGCCAUACCCAUUGACAUACAGGAACGGAUUUACCCUUCGACUAGCAUCAUGCAGGCCAUGGUCAUACCUUAUUUUGGCUCAGUGACAUUUUACACGGCAAUGAUGUACACAUCACAGUCCAUCGUGAUGGAAAGGUCAUCUGGGCUGUUUGAAAGGAGUCAGGCUGCGGGUUUAACAAUGUUUGAGAUAGUCACUGCUCAAGUGGUCAUUCAAAUGGUUGUCAUGGCCGUUCAAAACUUCCUUAGUUUUAUCGUCCUGUACGGCAUGUUCUCCUACCCGAUGCGGGGCAACAUAGGCAUCUGCAUUCUGCUCAGUUUCCUCAUGGAAAUAUGCGGCAUGACCUACGGUUUCCUGCUGGCGAUUGUCAUUCACGUUGAGAAGAAUGUAGCCUACGCAGGAAUCUUCACGGUACUAACUCUAUUCAUGAUGACAGGGUCGAUGUGGCCUUUGGAAGCCAUCCAUUGGCUAUUGAAGCCCAUGUCGCAGAUCGUGCCUGUAACUUUGUCCUCGAAAGGCUAUUACAACGUCGCCCUCCGGGGUUUCUCCAUAACUCACUACGGCGUCUACAUGGGCAUCUUCUCAUCUCUCAUAGGAACAAUAGUCUUGGCCACUUUGAUUGUUUUGGCAAUCAAGUUCAAAUUUGGAAGUUUGGUUUAGAGAAAAAGUCUCGGAUCAUCUACUUGAUUUUUUGAUUUUACAUUUAUAAAUAAAAAGACAUUUCAGACUAUUGUCAUACUUCAUAA